AUGGGAUUUUCACAGCAAAACUCAGCUGAUACAGUGUUGAUUGGCAGAGAUAAGAUGACUAUUGAGAAGUUUAUGGAUGAUAAGCAGAUAAAUGAAUUUUCUGUCGAGACUGAUAAUACGGAGAAUAUUCGACAAGCAAUACAUUCUCUUCAGACGUUAUGCAGUGAAUCUGUGUUACGCAUGAUAUACUUGUUAGGAAUAUUUUUCGUGACCAUGGUUUUGGAAUUAUCGUUUGUCGUUGCAGAGUCUCUGUCUACUGAUGACACACAAUUUAACAUAUUUCAGGAACUACAGCAACUUCAAAUUAACUUUAGUCGUAAUAUAAAAUCAUGUUCAGUUCGCAUAGAUAUUUCAUGUUCAUUUUAUUGGAAUCCAUCAUACUCACAUAGAUGCUUAUUCUUAUUCUUCAAUUCACUGAAUGAUUUUAAUGCUACUGUUUACUAUUAG